AUGUCUUUAACGACAACAACAACAUUUAAUGAUGUAUUCAAAAUGACAUAUAUCAGAUCAUUGAUAUUCAAUCAUAUCGAUCAAAUAUUCAAAGUAGAGUAUGAUGCAAAGAGACAUGAUGCAAAGAGAUAUAUGGGUACCAAAGGAAGAGAUAUCAUUCAAUUACCAUGUCUUGCAAUGAUAUCAAAGUAUGCAAUGCCAUUACAGUUUAUUCGUCAUUAUCUACCAUCGGAUUGUAAUCAAGUAUUACCUCAAAGAAGAGCACAAGUCAUCGAUCAAUAUUGUCGUCAUCCCAAUGCAACAUUGGAUACACUCAAGUAUCUAUUGGAAUGGUCAUCGGAUUGUAAACCGGUUGAUAGAGACAUGAUCAACAUAAUGGUUGAAAAUGAAAAGAUAGAGUUGGUUGAAUUCAUCAUCAAGAAUUAUCCAUACCUAUUAACCAAUCAAUAUAUUAGGUUGAGUGAAUUGUGUAGGAGAGGGUAUCUCUCUGCAAUCAAGUUACUCUAUACACUAAAGAAUGUAAAACUAAAUGAUCGUAAUGCAAUGAAUACUGCAAGUUGUAAAGGGUUCAUUGACAUUGUAAAGUAUUUACAUGAAAGAAAUGUAGAUUCUUCCAAUGCAAUGGGUUGUCUUAAUUUAGAGAUGAUAAAGUAUCUUCAUUAUACUGUAGGUGCUGAAAGUUCAUCGGGUACCCUCUGUGCAAUGACCAAAGAUAAUAAUGAUAUUCUUGAAAUUGUUAAAUUCUUUCAUGGUCAAGAAAAACAUCAAGACGUAUUCAAUCAUUCCAUCAUGAGAUCUGCAGCGGAAGAAGGAUUAUUAGAUGUUGUUGAAUUUCUACAUUAUAAUAGAUCUGAAGGUGCAUCAUCUGAUACAAUGGAUGAAGCGGCUAAGUACGGCCAACUUGAUAUUGUAAAGUUUCUUCAUUUCAAUCGUAGUGAAGGUGCAACAACAAGAGCAAUAGAUUAUUGUUCAGACCUUGAAACUAUAAAGUUUCUUCAUUUCAAUCGUACUGAAGGUGCAACUACCCAUGCAAUGGAUCGGGCAGCUUCAAAAAGACACAUUGAAAUCGUAAAGUUUCUGGAUGAGCACCGUACUGAAGGUGCAACUACCGAUGCUAUGGAUCUUUGUUCAGACCUUGAAAUUGUAAAGUUUCUUCAUUUCAAUCGUACCGAAGGUGCAACUACCAAGGCUAUGGAUUAUGCAGCUGAAAUGGGCAACAUUGAAAUUAUAGAGUUCUUGCAUCAACAUCGCCAAGAAGGAUGCACAACCAAUGCUCUAGAAAAUGCAAUUAAAAAUGGACACACUGAAACGAUCGAAUACCUUGUUCAAGUUAUUAAAUGUAAAUGUUCAUCAGUUGCAGUUCAAACAGCAAUCGAAAAAGGUAGAUUAGAUAUUAUAUCUCUUCUUUAUGACAAUUAUCCAAACAAUAAUGAUAGUGAUGAUAUUUGGAAGACAAAUAACAUGGAUUUAGCAGCCAAACUAGGAUUCUUGGAUAUUGUAUUAUUCCUUCAUCAACAUCGUCAAGAAGGAUGUACAACUGAUGCUCUAGAUAAUGCAUGUAAAUUUGGAUUUAUGGAUAUUGUAUUAUUCCUUCAUCAACAUAGAACUGAAGGUGCUACACAUAAAGCAUUGUGUGGUGCUGCUUCAAAUGGUCAUUUUGAAAUGGUCCAAUUUUUAUACAACAAUCGACAAGAAGAAGUAGACAUUGCAAGAGCACUGGAAUCAUCUUGUUUCAACUCAAGAAUUGAGAUUGUUUCAUUCUUGGUGGAUAUUCUCAUCAAAGAAAAAGAGGAAAAAGGAUUAUUGACAGUGCAACAACAAGAAAACAUUGAAAAGGCAAUCAUUUCAGCAUCUGCUUUAGGUCGACUUGCAUUUGUCCAACAUAUUAUAUUAUCACUCAACAUUACCACAUUAUCAAGAGUUACUGUGUCAAUCAAUAUGAAAUGA